AAAAUUUUCUAAAGAAAUAUUGAACGUAUAAAUUUAUUAGUUCCAUUUCAUAAUUAAUUAAUUAGAAAAAACUAAUUAGAAAGUAUCUAAUUUUUAUCAAAAUUAAUUUUAUAUCACAAAUGCGUUUGUCGUCGUGCAAGUUACAAUGUUGUCAGAUACUGUUAUCGAUACGUUAAAACGUAAAUCCUCGGGCAGUUUUUAUUCGAUAUGGAAGAAAUUAUAUGUCCUUUAUAUAUUGUCCAAUUUCGAGCAUAUUCCACUUGAGUCGCUCCUUAUACAUUCUCGUCGAAUAAGUCUCAUCUUUUGCAAAGGUGGUUUAGUACAAAUUACAGAAAGUUAUUAUAUUUCAAAGUCAAAAGAUUUAAAAUGAGACAAACCAGACAAAUUGGAUUGUUUUUCUUCAUCUGUACUUUUCUUUCAGGUUCUUUGACACAGAAACCAAUAAAACAUCCUUUUGCAAAGGAAAUUAUUGUAAACGAAGGUGAAUUAUUGGAACUUAAUUGUACCGAUGAUAUAGAGUCAAGUUUUUCCACUUUUCCUUAUAAUCUUACGAAUAUAUAUACUUCAAAUGUAACUAUAACGACAUUCUAUGAUAAGAAUGGAAAAUAUGUUCAAAGGUUGAGUCGUUUGUCAACUGUUACUGGUGACACUGGAUGGUAUGAAUGUACAACAGGAAUAAGUUAUUACACUGAGUUUUUCUGGACUUAUGUUUACGUAAAAUCCAAUGUUGAAUUACUAGUACCUGAUACGAAAUUAGAUGGAAUAUAUGCAAAUUUUGGAUACGAUAAAGUCAUUCCCUGUCGUCCUACUUCGCCUAAUUAUAAAGUUACAAUUUCAACUCUUGAUAAUUCCAUAAAUGACAAGAUACAAUCGUCAUUCGACCCAAAAGAGGGUUUUUUGCUUAAAAAAGCUAAAGCGAUAGAUAGCAAUCAAUACAAAUGUACAGCAACACGUGAAGAUGGAUUCACUCAAACGAUUGAUUUUUUUGUAAACGUCACAUAUCCAGAUUCAAUUAGGUCUUUCAGAAUGUCUUCUGUGACACCAAGAUACGUGGUUGAGGGUGAAAGUGUAAACAUUAAUUGUACAGUAAGAUGUCUAAAUAGCGAGCAAGUUACAUUACAGUGGUUUGGGCCACCUAACAAAACUUUAAUUCAAAAUAACACAAGAAGACAAGUAGAAAUUUAUGAACAUUCCGAAAAAUUUGGUGACAUGACGUGUGAAGCGCAAUUAAAAAUUUUAAAUUCUACCAAUGAGGAUAGCGGUUGGUAUGGUUGUCAAGCAAAAUCUAUUGGUUCACAAGACUAUCAGGAGACAGAAAUAGAGAUUCACGAUCCUCGAAAAACUUUUAUUGAAUUAUAUUGUACCGAUAAGAACAGAUUUCAAACACUAAACGAAGGUAAUUACAUAUCUUGGACAGUGGACAUUAAUGCGUAUCCACAGCCAAAAAUUCGUUGGAUGUACAAUUCAGGAAACAGUAAAAAGCAGCCUUUAAACGAAAUGUUUAAUUUGUCUGAUGGUUCUAUAUUUCUAAAGCAGGAUUCAGAAUUAACAUACACACAGUUGAACAUUUUUAGUUUGAUGGUAUAUCAUUCUGGCAAUUAUACAUUGGAAGUUUCAAAUCAACAUGGAAAUAAAUCCAUUAGGUUUAUUAUUUACGUUAAAGGUAAGCCGAGAUAUAAUAUUAAGGCACAUGUGCAUUAUGCUCCAAAUCAAUUAGCUUUGAUAAGAAAUGAAGUCUAUUCAUAUCCUGCGUGUAAUGUGACCUGGAAAUAUAUUACUUGUUCUGAUGAUUAUGGUUGUUUUGCCGGAGACACUGUGAAAUGGACGUUAACAGAAAAAUCACCUAUUAUGUUUGAGACAAUAGUAGAAUUUCAAGUGAAAAUGUCCGGUAAUAUCACGUGCAUUGCAUGCAAUACAGUCGGUUGCAGAACAAUAAGUAAAAAAAUAUUUGUUUCCGAUUACAAUAGUGGCAUGGGAAUAAUUUUUCCUGAACAUCAAUUAACUAAUAAAGAUGAUUUGGAACUAAUUUGCUUUGCAUCCUCUUACAACUACACUAAUAAUUUAAAAUGGCUAAUUGAUGGGAAAAAUAUCACUGAAAAUGACAGUGUGAAAUUAACUACUGAAACAACUCAAUUUUCACAUCGUAUAACAUUGUCAAUAAAAAAAUUACUAAUAUCGCAUGCGGCGGAAUAUACAUGCGUCGCAAUUGCUAACGAUUUCAAAGAAUAUAAAGAAUACUACGUUUUGAAUUUAGCUGAUUCUGAACCUGCUACAAUCGUAGAAACAAACAUGAACGGAACAGAAGUAGCUUUUGAUUUAAAUACUUUGAGGCAAAAUAUUGAAUUAAUAUGUACUGCUACUGGAAUACCUGAACCAACUGUCACUUGGUACAAGGAUCAACAUCUGCUGGAAAGCAACAAUCAGUAUUUUUUUACUGGAAACAAACAGAAACUUAAAAUAAAAUAUCUCGAUGAAAAAAGUAGUGGUAGAUAUGUGUGUCGGGCUAAAAACCGCCUUGCUAUAGAAGAAAGAUUUCUUACCUUCAUUUCUAUAGGGAAUAAAGUGUCCGAAACUUGGAUUCUUAUUAUCAGAUUUGUGUUAAUUGUUUGCUGUAUAUUUACAACAACUUAUUGCAUUAUAAUUCGACGAAGGAGAGUAAAGAGACAGAAAUUAAUAGAUGCUGGAUUGACUUUUUUUGAAGAAGGAGCUCUGGAAAGCAUAAAUCCUGAAUUAACACUCGAAGAUCAAGCAGAGCAUCUUCCCUAUGAUAAAAAAUGGGAAUUUCCACAAGAAAAACUAGCACUUGGAACACAAUUGGGUAGCGGAGCAUUCGGUGUUGUUAGAAAAGCCAGAGCGGUGGGAAUUAUGAAAAAUGAAAAGAUUACGACUGUUGCUGUAAAAAUGAUUAAGCGCACAUUGGAUCCAAUGUACAUUAAAGCACUAGCUAGCGAACUGAAAAUUAUGGUUCAUCUUGGAAAGCAUAUUAAUAUUGUUAACCUCCUCGGAGCUUGUACAAAAAAUAUUUCCAAAAGUGAACUAUUAAUUAUUCUGGAAUAUUGUCACUUUGGGAAUCUACAAAACUAUCUUCUUCGACAUAGAGAAGAUUUUAUUGAUCAAAUUGAUCCUGCUACCGGAAAAUUAAACAUUGGACGGAACUUUGCUUCUGAAACCAAUAAUUACGUCGAGGCAAACAGAACCAAUUAUCAGAGUGAUUACAAAGAUGAAAUAGUACAAUCCAUCUGCACACAGGAUUUAACAUCUUGGGCUUUUCAAGUUGCACGUGGGAUGGAGUAUCUUUCUGGACGAAAAGUGUUACAUGGAGAUCUUGCGGCACGAAAUAUUUUAUUGACAGAGAAUAAUAUUGUAAAAAUUAGUGAUUUUGGAUUAUCCAAGUCAAUGUACAAAGACAAUAAUUAUAAAAAGAAAGACGAUUUACUUUUGCCAAUUAAAUGGAUGGCGAUAGAAUCAAUUCGCGAUAGAGUAUUUUCCACUCAGUCGGAUGUUUGGUCAUUUGGCGUUGUUUUGUGGGAGUUUUUUACGUUGGCACAAACACCUUAUUUUAGUAUUGAUGCAGAAACACAAUGUCAGAAACUGAUUGAAGGAUAUAGGUUGGAAAAACCUGAAUAUUCUACAAAAGAAAUGUAUGAUAUAAUACAACAGUGCUGGACAACAAAUCCAAUUUUACGUCCGUCAUUUUCGGAAUUAGCUAAUUCCAUUGGUGACUUUUUAGAAAAAAGUGUGCAACAGUACUACAUAGAUCUAAACAGACCAUACGUAGAGAUGAACACAAAGGUGCUAGAGGGAAAAAAUGACUAUUUACAGAUGAUGUCAGCUCCCGAUCAUUCAUUACUCUCAUCCAGUCAAAAUUACGUCAAAAAUUCCACCAUCGAAUUAGCAGUUACAGAAGAAGUUAUCCAGUCCUUAUCCAUACUGGAGGAUGAUGACGAUGAUCAACACCUUAAACUAAUUAAUAUUCAUGAACAUCAUUAAGAUUCGUUAAGGACCAACAAUCCAGACGAAGGAAAAUAGCAGAAGAAACUUAUUUGCACAUAUAUAUGCUUAUCUGAAAUUACGCUGAAAUAACCAAAGGGAGAUUCCAACCAAGCUGCAGACCAUCGGUGCAUAGACGAUCCCUAAACAAAAUUAACCAAUAAACAACUCACCAACGUUGAAAUGACGACACUAAGGCGACGUUGAAUGACGCUGAUAAAUCCAAAUAACAAUCACAAUAACUCACAUUUAUUUAACAAA